CUUUUUUUUUCUCGCAUUGUCUGCUCAGUGCGCAACAGUGUGCGCGCGGAGCUGAGGGAAGACGCAUCAUGGCUUCGGGGUUGUGUGCAGUCCUCCUCCUCGGAGUGUUUCUCAGUGACCUGAAUGCAUCCAGGUUGGCUUUAAACCAAGAACUUUCCAACCUUUUCAAUGAGCUGUGGAGGCUGGAUACCAAUCGAAUGACGCCUGGUGUAGACUACAACAUCUCAGUUCAAGGCCGAGCAGGGUUCGUGAGCCAGGGCAGUCAAGUUGUACUAGAUCAUGCUUCUCUGCCUCUCUUCUCCAAUGUCAACGAGAUCAAGAUGAGGAACACCACCACCAUCUUCAGGCUUUUGAAACUGCUGGAUAACUACGAGAGGUCAACUGGUGUGGCUGAGCGAGUCACAGCCGAGGAGCAGACUGAGACCAACCUCUUCUUGGAUGCGGUCUUGGAGACAGAAGUCAUGAAGCAUGCUCACAGAUAUCUGGUGAGGAAAGGACAGUCUUCAUCGAACUUGAGACACUUUAAGAGUCAGCUCCACCUGAUCUGGUUUCACCUCUACCACAGACAGAGGAACACCGGCCCUGACUCCUGUGGCUUCGAACACGUGUUUGUUGGAGAGAUCAAAUCAAGCCGUGAGAUCACAGGUUUCCAUAACUGGAUCCAGUUCUACAUGCAGGAAAAGGGAAGAGUUCUGGACUACAAAGGCUACAAGGCGAGGGAGCACGACUUGCCCGACGAGGACGACCAUGUCGUGAGCCUCCAGUUCAGUUGGCACAGCGUGCUGAAACCCGUGGGCAGCUCCUUCAUCGGCACCAGCCCCGAGUUCGAGAUGGCCCUCUUCACCGUCCUCUUCCUCAUGAACACGGAGAGAAGCACCACAGUGCUGGUCAACAUCGACCAGUGUCAGACGGAGCUGGUGGUCAUCCGACACGGACGUUCCCUCGGCACGGCCUACCCCAGACUGCGCAGCAGCAACGGCAGACAUAAUAGACAGCACUCGCAAUGAUCUUUUAUUUGAUUUGAAUUCACCUUUAUUCUACUAUAAGAAGUUGCCCACUGACAUAGUUUACCUCUUCUAGGGAGUCCUGGGCAGACAAUUAUAUUGGACUGUAUCAUAAAGACAGACUAAGACGACAUAAUCAAAAGUAGAGAAAAUAAGGAAGUCAUAAAUGAGUCUUGUUUGUAUUGUAGUCAUGCGUCAUCAUUUACUGAUUUACCCAUUAAACUUUUAGCAAUAAAACAAGUGUACUU